AUGGCCAUGCUCUCUUCUGGAGAACCAGACGUCAUUGACGUGGACGACUUUAUCAAGGCGUUCACCAACGGCGUCAAUGACUCGCCGGCCCGUCCACCACUGGGCGACAUGGGUGUCCAGUUUGCCAACCAUCAGGCAAACUACAAGCAGCAGCAGUAUGGCGACAACUCGUCGCCAUUCGAGCAAACCUUUGGCCUCACAGACAUUCAUGGCCACAACUCGACAGAGUGGUUCACCAACAUGGACCACAUUGGCAUCGAGUCUGUUCUCGGUGUCUCCACGCCAUCGUCUCGCGGUUCCUCCCUCGAGACUCCCAACAUCCCCCAGCCAGGCUUUGUCGGUUCCAUCGACCCAUCACGCCUGAAGGAGGCGUCACGCUCAUAUGACGGCACCAACGAUAUGACUUCCCCUGCAUGGCAUGUCAACCAACAACUGCCCCCUCAGCAGUGCAAUGGCCAGCUGGCCGCAGCGGACAACCACAAUAACAACAGCCUGUCCGGAGAUCCCCACCACCACCAGCACCACCAGCAUCAGCAACAUGCGGUGCCGAUGAUGCAGGUCCACAAGCAGCAGCCGUCGGCGUCGUUUACCCUCGAACGCAAGCCAAGUGGUCCCGAGCAACCUGCCCCUCUGGGCAAGCGCAAACGCCAGGGCUCCCUUCCAGACAUUUUCAUUCCAAUCCCCCAGUCGCAGCCUCGUGUCCUGCAGCGGUCUGUGUCGACUGGUGCUACCAUGGCGUUUAACGGCGUCGCAGCCGCCGCCGACCCCACCUCCCCCUUCCUCAGCAACACGACCUCGCCCGGUCCCAUGUCGGCGCCGCCUCUCGCACAGCACCCGCAGUCAUUUGCGCCUUCGGCGUACCAAGCACCUGUCAACAACGUCGCUGCCCCAGCUAACGGUGCUGCUACUCCGGGCACCGGGUCUGGAGUUACUCCUGCCGCUCUCUCCAAAGCACAGCAUGGCCAUGGGCACGCGCGUGCAUUCUCCUACUCUGCGCUCGCGACAAUUCCCGAGGCACCUUCCUCAGCUCCCGCCGAAUGGACGCCAAUGGGCCAACAGCAAGCGCUUGGCCUCCGGUACACCAACGCUUCCGACAUGUCGACAUACCAGGUCCCCCAGCCGCCGGCAACUCCUUCCCUGCCCUCCACUUCGCCCAUGAUCCACAGUGCACCCAUGCCACCAGCUGUUCAACGCCAAAGUGCCCCCCGCUCCCUGCCUCUCGCCCGUCCCAACUCUUGCCCAGGCACCCAGCCGGCCACUGCUAUCCCCACACACAUGUCCCAACAACAACCGCUGCAGCAGCAGCAGCAACAAGUGCUGAGCUACUCACCUACCAUCCCGCACCAGCAGCUCGCACCUCAACAGUACCCGCAGCACCAGCAGCAAGGGAUGUCGCCGCAAAUGACACACAACCAGUUCUCACCUCAGCUGCAGCACAUGAGUGGCGCUGUUGGUAUUGGCCGCCCGCUGCUCCCUCCUUCCUCCGCUCACAUUCGCCGCUCAAGUGACUCGGAGCUGGCAUUUGCCUCGGGCUACCCAAACAAUGUUGGCGCGAUGCUGCGUUCCACCUCGGUGCCACAGGCGCCUGGCCAAGCACUUGGUCGCCCAGGCCCGGUCUACGGCACUGCAGCAAUCCCACCGCCUCCGCCAGUCGCCACCUACACCUCGUUCCAGUACGUGCCAUUCGAACCUGGCCAUCUUGGUUACGGUCAGCCUGGUGGUGGCUCGAAAUCGCCUCCCCGCAAGCGUGUGACCAGCAAGCGUGUUGGCACCUGCCUCAAACCUGGACCCAAAGGCAAGGUCAAGCCCAAGGUCGACAGCGACGCGCACCCAGCCCCGCCUCCGAUGCCAAUCAACUUUGACGAUGAGCCUUUGGUUGAGAUUGGGCAAGGUCUCCUGCCCGUCUCGAUCGAAGAGUUCCAGGCUGCGUUUACGAUCACGCCUCAGCGCUCCUUGAUCCCCAACCCGGCCCUCGAGCUCUUGACCGACCGCCUGAUGUACGCCACACCCGAGCCCGUCGUCGACGCUUGCUUCAGGUGGUGUUACCAGAUCGGCAGCGAGUUUAACAAGGCAGCCGAGAAGCAGUCCAAGUUCUUCCGAUGCUGCUUUGACGAGUGUGCUGGUUCGUCGGGACGCAUCUUCAUGCGCAAGUCGGCCGUCGACUCGCACGUCCGCACCCACGUCGGUUACCGUCCCUUCAAGUGCGAGGCCGACCCAGAAUGCGACGCCCGCUUUGUGCGCAAGCACGAUCGCGACCGUCACGUCGCCACCACCCACCGCAACGAAAAGAGCUUCCUGUGCGGCGACUGUGGACAAAACUUUGCCCGCAGCGACGCUCUUCUCCGCCACCGUGCCAAGCGCGAUGCCUGCAAGGCGCGUAUCGGCUAA